UGCCUGCCGAUGUAAACCGCAGAUGAUUUAAUGUCAUUUCAACGAGUCAUCCAUAAACACUGCAAAUAAUUGCAUCGCCACCACCACCAAUAAUCAAACAUUGGCAAUUGGAACAAGCGAUAGCCUCGGUUUCGAUAACACCACGUCAACAAACAUGAAAAAUCAUUAGACCAAUAGAUAAAUGUCAGCGGCUCCGGAUAACACCCAUUAAUGCAACCGAGUGCAAUCGAAUGUAUCGCUCCUAUGCCGCUUUGCUGCCCCCCGACCCGUUACUCAUCAACGAUGCAAUGGUAAUAUUGACCCAUCAUUAAUAUUCUGCGCCCAUGCUUUGCCCACCAGGUCGGUGAGAUUAUGUUGAAUUGUGUUCGACCGCCGGCCACUUCCGGGAAGCUGUCGAUGACAACUGGUGGUGCAUCGGUCGAGCUGUUUCUGUUGCUGCUGUUGAUCGUGCUGGCGAGUAGUUCCGGAGGCGACGUUGGAAGCUCCGAUGGAGGAAUUGCCAUGGACGAUUUGGUGCCGUCGCUGUCCGCUUCGUCGCACCUCUGCGGAGGAACGCUGACGGCCAGCCAUGGCAUCAUCCAGACGCCCAACUUUCCGGAACGGUUUCCGGUUCCUAUUAGCUGCACCUGGAUAAUCGAUGCGUCCACCGUGGUCGGCAACAACGUGUCCAUUGUGGUGUACCUGACGCAACAGUACGUGCUGAGUGGGCUACGCUUUACGGAGUACAUGUACUACAGUGAGGACUACAAGGUGCCCAGCAUGAAUGUGUUCGAACUGAGUGAAGACGAUGUGACAAAUGUGCCGUGGAUAAAGUUCAAUAGCCCGUACUUGGAGAUUAGAUUUACGAUGGAUAAUCUGUAUGGGACGCAUUUGCGAGCGCUGGAUAGGCUGCUGGAUGUGUACGGGUUCAACAUAACGUACGAAGUGGAUACCGUCAAGCAGUACCAGUGUAACGCGUUGCAGUGCCGAUUUCUGGGGAACUGCUACGCCAAACAGGAUUUCUCGUCGUAUUACUGUGAUUGCUAUGCCGGAUUCAGUGGAAUCGAUUGUGGCUAUGGGCCACUCUGUAAGGAUUCGCACAUCUGCGAAAAUGGAGGCACUUGCAAACACAUCGGCGACAACGCCGUUACCUGUAUUUGCCCAGCCGGCUUCAAGGGUAGCAAAUGCGAGAUCAGCGAAUACGAUGAAAUCACAGGUUGCAAUCUGGAUGGCGGAGGCGAGGACUGCUUUCGACAGUGCAUCUACGAGGAAGACGGUGCCAAAGGAGCCUGCAAGUGUGAUCAGAGCAUAUCGUCAUCCUCUCGUGGCCGGGCAAAAUAUGAGAUAACGGUACGUCUGGCCAACUCAUCACACUUCGAGUUGAACGAGAACGGAGAACGUCAACUGAAUGAGAACAGUGCUGCACUGCUCGAAAAACAAAUUACCCGCUCCCUGAGGAACGCCAAUCUAUCGAAAAUAAAUGACCUAGAAGUAUUCGCCGGCAAGACUGCCAACGAAGUAACGUUUCAAUUUUUCGGCGCGAAAAUUGAUUCCACCCGGAUUCGAGAGACGAUGGACCGGAUGGUGGAGCAGCAGCAGCGAGGAAAAGCCAACGGCAACAUCAGCUUCGCCCCGCCUUACAAACCCAUCUUUCGCCAGGAUGUCGGCCUGAUGCUGCAGUCCGUGGUAGUUAACCAGAGAGGUCCCGUCCGAGAAAAUACCGAGUUCAUCCUGUCCUGUGUGGCACAAGGCUCAUCAACGAUGACCUUUCGCUGGUAUAAGAAUGGUUUCUUUGUGAACGUGACAAAGGCAACUCGAAACAUGUGGAUCCGUCUGCUGCCACCGGACUCAAGAGAUCACUAUACCGCCCUUUUGGGCAUUACCAAGGCGAGCCGGCUUGAUGAGGGCAUCUACACAUGUCAGGUAAACGACAUGGGAAUGCAGCAGUGCCGUUCGACCAAAGUGCAGAUCCUUGGCGCACCCCAACUUCGGGUGGAUCCUCCCAGUGUAACCGUUUUCCGAGGCGAAUCACUGCUCAUUCGGUGUCUGUCCCAGGACUCGGAUCAACAGUACGGCACCCUCGGGUACAGUUGGACAAAAAACGGUGCUCUCUUCCAAUCUGACCCGACCGCCGAAAUGUGGGAAGACCUCUAUCCGGACGGCAGCAUUCUGAAAGUGAAAAAUCUCCAGAAAUCUGUUGUCUACACCUGUAUCGUAUCGAACUCCGUUGCACCGAUAUCGAAGAGCGUCCACGUGACAGUGGUCGAACCGGGAACUGUUACGUUGUGUCCGAAGAUUUCGGACUAUGGCGUAAACUGGCCGGCGAGCGCAUCAGGGCCAGCAGUUUUGGCCGACUGCCCAGGACGAGGAGAAGGUCAAGCUAAGAGGAUCUGCGAGCAGCGAGACUUUGGGCGUCCGGAAUGGCUUACACCGGACUUUUCCCAGUGCGUUCCGGACGCUGUCAACGAAAUCGAGAGAGAGUUCCGGGGGCUUACGUUCGGCUACCAGAAAACCAACGGCACCAGCGUUCUGCAGUCGUGUCUGGAAUAUGCGAUGAACCACUACGCCGGAUUCUUGCCGGGAGAGGGCGGGGUGCUGCUGGAACUGCUGCAAGAGAUUUUCCGCUACAUCGAACAGACCGGUUCGCAACACGAACAGGAAAUCGCCUCGGACAUCAUUCUGCGCGUGGUCGAUGUCAUUAUGCAGAAUAAAUUAUCGCUGAACAAUCAACAGCAAAUCAAGCAACUGCAGGACCUAGUCCAAGCGGCAGCUUUGAACCGUGAAACGACAAUGGCGGCUCCGAUCUCAUCCUCGUCGUCCUUGUCAUCGUCCUCGACGGCCUCGAAAGCGUCUCUGGCAGCGACCACCACCGUGACGCAUCAACUCAACUCGUUCUAUUUGUACACGGAAUCAGUCAAAGGAUUGCCAUUCAAUUUGCAGAUCUACGGCGAUCAACUGUACUCGGAUCAGCUUUACAUGGAAAUGGACGUAACGAGCUCGCUGCUGGACAUCGUUUCGAACGGAACCGUACUCGUGACCGUCAUAUCGUACAAAAACCUCACCAGUUUCCUGCCCCGGUUCUACUUUGCCAAAAAUAGCUUCGGCACCGAUAUCGAUUACAUCCCGGCGUCGAAAAUCAUCUCCACCUGGUUGUACUACGCCAACCGCACCGGAUACGAACCAAAUCGGCCGCUGCACGUGCCCCUCGAGUCGGCCCACGUGGAAAUUAUCUUCCAGCACGAGAACUCGCCGACCAGCGAGUGGAUACCACUUUGCGGAUACGACGCCAAGGCAACGUUCGAACCAACGUGGCGAACCGACCUGUGCAUCACCGAGAAUUUGAUGGAAAACAUUACGAGAUGCAUUUGCCCAUUAUCGGGCACAUUUGUGGUACUGCUGGCCAAGAAAAACUACAACGCAUCGGUCACGAAAACCUCAACCCGACCGAUUCUGGUGGUGAUAAGCUGCGGAUGUUGCUUUCUGCAGUCGUGCAUAGCGUUUGCCAUUCAUGCUGCCGAUCCUGUACCAGAGGAGAUGCUGUGUGACCUUUUUAAAAAUGCAAUUCUGCUCCGCCACAUCGAUGGCGAUGGCAAUAUUCAUCCUGGGACUGCUACAACUUUUCCCACAAGAAUGGUUCAACGUAGUAAUAGCCCUGCUCACCGCAUUCCUUCUGCUCAGUUCGUCAACCCUGGUCGCCAUUACGGUGCUGGUCACGACUGAGUUGGGCCCUCGGAAACUGACCGCUGCCACCAGUACCUUGGCCACCGGCAUUUCCGGCAGCAUCGGCCUCAGCUGGUUCCUGCCGACAUUGUGUGC